CAAUUGGCUCAUGAUGUAUUCCCUUAGAGUCUUCCCCACAUGCUAGUCACCUCCUGUUGUAGAUGUCCGUCGGUUGACAAGGUGGAAAAACUCAGAACUUUGUCUCCCAGCGUCAGUCGUGUUGUAUUACAUGUCCCUCUUGUUGGGAAAAUGGAUUAGAGAAUUUCGAUUCCAUAGUCAGAAUUACCGUUUGGUGAUGAUACACUUGGUGUUGGGGCAUGUGUCCAUCUGCACUUGUGAAACAUAUCAACAGAAAUGAAUAAAGACUAUGCGCGAAUCGAAAUGGACCUGGCUUUUGGAUCAGCCAAGUCCUAUGGGUCCUCAAGAAGUAUUGUGAGGAGAAUAGCUUCUAGUCUUCCUUUCAACCCCUGCCCCAGGGUUCAUUUUCAGCUUUAUCCAUACAAUGAGGACGCUGGUGUCCUGAUUGGCAGUAGGAGGCAGACUGGUUUGGUGGCCUCUCUGGCUGAUGUCGCCUGGAUCGACAAGGAUGAGGAGGAUGACGAAGACGCCUUUGGCAGACCCAGGUCAGCGAUCCCACCUGGAUUCGUGUUUCGAGCCCGCCAGCCUCAUCCUCAGAGAAAACCCUUAACCCGCCGGAGGUCCCUACCAAGCCUGCAUGAGGGGACGCCAGACCCGCAGGGGCAAACAAUCGCCAACAGUGAGACCACUCAGAAGAUCAGUGCACUGGAGACAGAACUGGCCAAACUCAGAGCUCAGAUAGCACAAAUCGUAUUGGCUCAGGAAAAGACCACACAGCCAGCUGCUACCACGGGGACACCUCCCCCUCCACCCUGUGGCACCCUGCCUCCCCCUCCCCCACCGCCACCACCUCCUCCACCACUGCCACCGCUACCCUCAAGUCUUCAGCGGACAUUUUCUGCCAUUGACUUGAUAAAGGAGCGCAGAGGGAAGAAGACAGACAGCCAGACAGUUUUGGAUGCAAGGCCAGCAGAAAUCCCCAGCAUGCUCGAUGUCCUGAAAGACAUGAGCAAGGUCAAGUUGCGAUCAGUCCAAAGUCGUCCAGAGGAAAGUGAAGCCAAAGUGAAGUCCAACGAGCCUGUAGACGCUGCAGCUCUCAUCGCCGAGGCCCUGAAACGCAAGUUUGCCCAUCGCUAUCGACACGACAGUGAGCAAGCAGACAAAGAGGAGUUUAAACUUCCCGUUUCAGAAGUAAAACCUCCAACCCAAACCCCUCUGUUUGGGCAGCACAUGUUGAAAUCAACAGGAAAAAGGAAAUUACUCUGAACAGGUGAUUCUGAACUCGUGAUCCAGAUGUGCUGUGGACACUUCAAAGUGCCUUAUCAACCUUUUAUUAUCAGCUGUUUCUGUGGAAAAACGAGAUUCUGCCUGAAGUACCCAUCAUCUCAGUUUUUUUAUCCGAUUCAGUCCUCUUGACCAUCUCUUUUUGCACUUUUAUAACUUAAAAGAUUAGCUUUCUCUUUUACAAACAUUCAUUGUUAAUGUCUUUUGGUUUUUCUUUUGAAUAGUUUCAAUUUCCGCUCAUGCCAGUUCCGCAAGUGUCAGAACACUACAGAAUCAUUUAAAGUUUUUAUUGUUCGAUCAAUACUUACAUUUUUACUAAAAAAAAAUGUUGCACAUCGCAUAGUUGGUCACGUUUGCGUUCCCAUUUUUCAGGGGUCUGUGAGUUCUUUUAUCACAGAACAAAGGGAGCACUUAUUUGUGCUGUAUUGUUUAUACAUGUAUGAUAGACUAAUUUAUGAUUGGGAUCCUUCUAUUUAUGUUGUGGUUUAAGUAGAGAAUUAAGAUUUUAACACAGGUAAUUAUGUUGUAGAUAUGUCUGUCAUUUAUUCCAUGUGGCAUUAACAUGUUUUUGUUCUUAUCUGUUAAGUCUGUGUACAUUGUGUCCCAGUUGCCAGUCUUUUUGGGGCUUGUAUGUCUUUUGCUGGUUCAAAUAUAUGCAUCCCAGUUUUAUUUAUCUCCUUAGUACGAUCUGUGUUUGAGCCAAAAACAUCUGUGAUCUGCGAGAUUCUGCCUUUCACUACCAAAUAUGUCCUUUCUUAUUUAGGAUAACUAAUGAAGAAACCAGAUGUAACUGUUAAGCAAAUUCAUAUUUCUGGAUUAUUGAAAGAACAGGUUUGUUUGCACAGUGUCCAGUUCUGUUUAUUAUGCCAGCAUUGUUGCUGAUUCAAGUCAUUUCUACUAGUAUUACCUUUUUUAUAAGGGAAGGUGAACCGGAUGUGGCAAUAGUAGGAUUAUAUAGAAGUUGUCUACCAUAAAAAUCUAAAUUGGUAUUGUCAAAUCUCUAAAUAAAAGUUUGUCCUGUCUUG